AUGGCUUCAGUCCGGCGAACUCUCUCGCCGAUGAAUCAUGAUCGACCGUAUGAGAAUGGUGGUGCUCCUUUCUCGUCCUUGUCUGUAUCUUCUUCGCCUUCCCACAAGGCUCUCACCAACGGUGGUAAUACCGGCGUUAGCAGUAAACAUAGCUCUUCCAAUUUGCUUUCCUUUCUCACAAGACUGAUCGGAGCGACCUCAGACCCUAAAAGCUCCCGAAGAAGUGGAUGGAGGCGGCCGUUUUACCGAUGUCUCGUCUUCUUUCUUCUAGGGUUUCUGUUUGGUAUGAUGCCGUUCGGCCAAAUGGAGGAUGUACCUGGCACCGAUCGCUUCUCCUUCGAGAUCAAGCCACCGUAUGCUGACCAACUGUUUGAUGGUGGGAACAGGAAACGCGACGAAGACUUGGCCGCCGUCGAUGCCGUAAGUCUCUCAACGGAAGCUGUGGCAAAGAUCUCGGAGCCACAGAAGCUAGUAAUUGUGGUGACGCCGACGUACAACAGGGCGAUGCAGGCGUAUUACCUCAACAGGAUGGCCCAGACGCUGAGGCUUGUAAAGCCGCCGAUUCUGUGGAUAGUGGUGGAGGGCAAUGUGGCGUCGUUUGAAACAGCAGAGAUUCUGAGGAAGACGGGAGUCAUGUACAGGCACUUGGUCUGCAAGAAGAAUAUGACCAACAUCAAGGACAGAGGAGUUCACCAGAGGAACACGGCCUUGGAGCACAUCGAGUUGCACAGACUUGAUGGAAUUGUCUACUUCGCUGAUGAUGAUAACGUCUACUCGCUUGAGCUGUUUCAAAGCUUUAGAAAAAUCAGCCGAUUUGGAACUUGGCCAGUUGCAAUGCUUGCGCAAAGCAAAAAUAAGGCUGUCCUUGAGGGUCCAGUGUGCAAUGGAACCCAAGUAAUUGGAUGGCACACAAAUGAGAAGAGUAAAAGAUUGCGGAGGUUCCAUAUUGAUAUGUCAGGAUUUGCCUUUAACAGUACUAUUCUGUGGGACCCCAAAAGAUGGCAACGUCCUUUUUCACAUCCGACCCGCCAACUAGACACGGUGAAGGAGGGCUUUCAGGAAACAACAUUUAUAGAGCAAGUGGUAGAAGAUGAAAGCCAGAUGGAAGGUGUUCCACCUGGUUGCUCAAGGAUACUGAAUUGGCAUCUCCACUUGGAUGCACGAGAUGUCCCUUAUCCACAAGGGUGGGUGAUCCAGAAGAAUCUCGGAGCUGUCGUCACCAUGUAG